AUGUGUCGUGAACAGCAUCGUUUGGCACUUGAAUUGAAACUACAACACGAAAUACAGCCGUCAUCUUAUGUCGAAGAUAUUGUUGAAUGCCCCAUUUCACCUGAAACAAUUGCCGGCGUCUCACCGGCUGCAUCCAACAGCGCCGAGCUCACAUCGCUUUAUGAUUGUUGCGCUGAUGAGAUGUGUUCGAAUGGUGUGAAAGAGGAGCAGAUUCCGCAGAGAUUCUCUGCGUCCAAUAGCAGCAACGACAAUGACAAUUUAGUGGAAGUGUGUGACGAUGAGAUUGCGAUUCGUUCUGUUUUGAUGGCAAAUGAAGUAAUCACUUUCUUACAUAUUGCACUUCAUUUUUGUGUAUUCUUUUGUGAUGGAAGGAAAGGUCACGAACUUACCCGCACCUUUUGGGAUGAGACAUAUGUCAUAUUGUCAUAUUUCGAGAGAGCUCGUUAA